AAACGCAGUCUUCCAGGCUAGGCCGCGAAAGUUUGAGAAAAGAUGGAUACAGUAACACAGUCAGAAAAUAUUAUGUCAAGUACUCCCAAAGAAACAAGAUCUUCCGUUGAUCGGCAUGAAAGAAAAACUUUGCAAACCUUACAGCCUUUGGUAGCAGUCACACCUCGUCGUGUUGGUAAAAGUGUGUCCUCAUUUUCUAAAGAUUCCUUUGGUGUAACAUCUAAGACUCCAUCCUCCACCAGUAUUCUUAAAAUUUAUAAAGACACCAAGGCGCCAGAUGCCUGCUCACAUGUUCAUUGCACAAGACAAACACAAACAGAAGAUUUCUUGCUGCAGGACUUAAUACAGGAGCACAUCCGCGCAGAUGAUUUUGAUGAUAGUGGUCGAGUGUCAGGAUAUAUUGACGAUCUUGUGAACAAUGAUGAAGUAUCAGAAACAUAUUGGAAAGAUUUAGCGGAGGAAAGGAGAAGAGGCCUAAAGGAAGCACUGGUCGAAAAUGAAAGACUGACAAUAGAAGUAGAAAAGUUACGUGAGGAAAACACAAGACUGUCUGAAAUAGCACAAGAAGCUGAAGCUCUGAAGGAAUUACUCAAGGAUGUGAUAUCUGAUGAUGAAGAGGCAGAAAGUCCUGAGGAUACAGAAACACAGAUCCAAGAACUUGACCAAUCUGCACAAGAGCCAAAUCACAAUUCCACCAGUGUAAAGGACCAGCCUGACCUAUCAACCAACCCGAUGAAAUCUGAUGAUGAGGGCUCAUCUUCCUAAUACAGUUCUACUUUUAAACAAUGUCAAUGCAGUAUUUUAAAUGUCAGUCAAGUUUUUAUUGUUAUUUUAUUCAACUUUUCAAUGAAAUGUAAAAUAUAUUUGUUUAAUUGGACACAAUCUUUCAUACAUUUGAACUGGGAUCUGUAAACACUUGAUUUCAAUUUUUAAAUUUACUUUUUGUAAGAAAAUCCAUGUUUGGCAUCCUGUUUUUUGUUUUUAUCAUUAAUGAAACAAUAAAACAAUAUGCUGUACAUUUGUUGAAAGGACUAGACAAAAAGGACUAUGGACCCCUCAUCAGAAUGGCUUUUAUAUUAGGAUUGAUUGUAUGUUAGUACUAGUGUACAAACUAAAGUUUCAGUGAAUCAACAUAUCAGUCAAUUAUUUCUUCCUUUACUUUUAGUUGGUUUAUUGUAAAUGUUGAAAGUCCCACAUAACUUGUUUUAUUGUUAGCCAACUAGGCAAUGGUGUCC